GUCACCCAGGAGUCAGCAGGGAGCCCAGGGCUCGCCCCCUGCCUCGAUCGGAUGGGCAGCGCUCGUGCCAGGGAGGGGCUAGCUGGCCAGCCCUGAGCGGGUGAGGUCCUAGGGCCGCCUUUGCGCCCACUCCCCGCGUCGCCGGCGCCCGUGGGGGCGGCCGUGGGGAGCGCCGGGCUGGGGGCUGGUGAGCCCGCGGAGCCCGGCCCGGCCGGCCUGCGAGAGGACGAUGCACGGCGCCGCCAGGACCCUGUGGGCACUGAAAUCCACUUCACCCAUGCCUAUUUCCUGUAAUGGAUGAACUUGAUGCUAAUGUGAGGUAAAAUCUUCUACCUUCAACCAGACCUCAAAGACACUGAAGAAUAACCCUCACCAUUUUGAACACAAUAUGUCUUUUUCCCACCCAAUCACCAAAUAAUUCCAAGGAGGGUUUCGGGUCAGUGGAGAAAGUUGUGCUGCUCACGUUUCUCUCGGCGGUGAUCCUGAUGGCCAUCUUGGGGAACCUGCUGGUCAUGGUGGCUGUGUGCAGGGACAGGCAGCUCAGGAAAAUAAAAACCAAUUAUUUCAUUGUAUCUCUUGCCUUUGCGGAUCUGCUGGUUUCGGUGCUGGUGAUGCCCUUUGGUGCCAUUGAGUUGGUUCAAGACAUCUGGAUUUAUGGGGAGAUGUUUUGCCUCGUCCGGACAUCUCUAGACGUCCUGCUCACAACGGCAUCAAUUUUUCACCUGUGCUGCAUUUCUCUGGAUAGGUAUUACGCCAUCUGCUGCCAGCCUUUGGUCUAUAGGAACAAGAUGACCCCUCUGCGCAUUGCAUUAAUGCUGGGAGGCUGCUGGGUCAUCCCCAUGUUUAUCUCUUUUCUCCCUAUAAUGCAAGGCUGGAAUAACAUUGGCAUAAUUGAUUUGGAAAGGAUAUCCAAACCAAGCCUGGGCCAGGAUUGGCAUGUGAUAGAAAAAAGGAAGUUCAACCACAACUCUAACUCUACGUACUGUAUCUUCAUGGUCAACAAGCCCUAUGCCAUCACCUGCUCUGUGGUGGCCUUCUACAUCCCAUUUCUCCUCAUGGUGCUGGCCUAUUAUCGCAUCUAUGUCACAGCUAAGGAGCAUGCCCACCAGAUCCAGAUGUUACAACGGGCAGGAGCCCCCUUAGAGGGCAGGCCUCAGCCGGCAGACCAGCAUAGCACUCAUCGCAUGAGAACAGAGACCAAAGCAGCCAAGACCCUGUGCAUCAUCAUGGGUUGCUUCUGCCUCUGCUGGGCUCCAUUCUUUGUCACCAAUAUUGUGGAUCCAUUCAUAGACUACACUGUCCCCGGGCAGCUGUGGACCACUUUCCUUUGGCUCGGCUACAUCAAUUCUGGGUUGAACCCCUUUCUCUACGCCUUCUUGAAUAAGUCUUUUAGACGUGCCUUCCUCAUCGUCCUCUGCUGUGAUGAUGAACGCUACCGAAGACCUUCUAUUCUGGGCCAGACUGUCCCCUGUUCAACCACAACCAUUAAUGGAUCCACACAUGUAUUAAGGGAUGCAGUGGAGUGUGGUGGCCAAUGGGAGAGUCAGUGCCACCCCCCAGCAACUUCUCCUUUGGUGGCAGCUCAGCCCAGGGACACUUAGGCCCCUGGGGCAGUGACUCAGAAGACAGCCUUCCCUCCAAGAGAGGGCCAGGUCCUAAGCUGCUGCUUGUGCGUGACUACACCCGGUGUUCUCUUCACCCGAGCAUUCCGUCCAUCCGUGCAAGCACCCCAUGCCCAGCGGGGUUUUGCUCCGGGAUUCCAGCAGGUGUCAUUCAAAGGAGUCAGGGGAUAGGACGCCAGCUUGUUCACUGGAGGCUCUUCUCCAGAGAUCCCCCAUGAAGGGAUCUUUUCAUUUCCCAGCACUCCCUCUUCCUGGCGUCUCACACUCUCUGUUGUCCCCAAUGUGUCCCCUUACUGUGCCUGGUUUGUCUCACUCAUGUUCCAAACAUGAUCACUCACUGUGUCCUAUCGGAGUCGUGUAUGUCUCCAAAUAUGCCUUCUUUGCUGUGUCUACUCAUAGACAUUGUCAAAACACAUCCUGCCCAUGCCUCUCUUGGUCAGAGUCGUAUUUCAAAAGCACACAUUCCUUGCUUGUUCACGUCCAUCACAACCACGUUCAAACUACUCACUGUCUUGUCUCCGUCCUGUUCUGUGCCAGACACUAAAACUCUUUCCUCCCUGUGUCUGGGUCCAAAUGUGCAUCCUCCUGGCCAGCCCCCGUGUCAGUCACAGGCUUCCACUUGCUCUUCCUUAUGUCCAUGGUCAGUCUUUCUCUUCAGGACAUGCUCCAUUUAUUUACCAUGGAAGAAACGGGGGCAAAGAUCUUUCAGAGGAAAACAGUCUCCACAGCAACCUUGGAGGGAAGCCGGGGACAGGUAGCUUCCCCUUAGUGCCGUGGCCUCAGGCCCUUCUGCUCUGAGAUGCUCGCUUUCCUCUUGGACUAGAACAGCAUCUUCUCCUAAAAAGCCUUGGACAGGGCCGGCGGCAUCGUCGUGUUUAUUAAAAGACUGGAAUCUUUCCUGUGAGCUUGUGGUGAAGCCCAAGGUAUCAAUUUAUAACCCUUGAAUCUGGCCUUCUUGCUCCCAAAGGAGGGAACCAUUGGAAGCUCACACUGCCAAGACUUGUCACUGCAGUCCCCAGGUGGAGGAGGCAGGACCAAGCAGGGCUAGGAGUGGGAAAGCAGUGCUUGAUUUGAAGUCAGGGGACCUGAAUUCCAGCCCUGCUGUGCUCCUAACAUGCUGUGAGCUCUUGACCCAAGCCCUUCCAUCCCUGGUCUUCGCUUUCUCCAUCUGUCAACUGAAGUUUGGACUAUGGGGUCUCUAAGGUUCCUCUUCGUUUCUAGGACAACGGGAUGCUGCUACAGCCAUCAGCUACCUCGAAAAGCCAUGGCCUGCCUGCUUUUUGACUUUGUUUCAAAGGAACUAGCCGCCUCAUUUGGGCUAUCUAGACCCUUGACCUUGCCAGCUUUGCCCUUCAGAUGGCCUGGAUGUCUCAUUCUAAGCUGAGUCCAUGGCUCUUGCCAACUGCCCCAGAAUGAAGGUCCCAGGGAGGUAAACGCCACCACGUCCCAGAGCCGUGUGAAGUUUUAACUUUGAUCUUGGCUGUGAUUUGAUCGCAUCUCAGGACUUUAUCAUACUCUCUUUUUCUUGCAGCUUAAGAAGUGUCAAUUAUAAUUUCCAUUGAUGUUUACUUUAGUUCUGGAAUUGAAUUGGGCAGGAAAGAGACUUUGGAAUGAGGAAGAGAAGAUUGCCCUAAAUCAUCCAAAUGCCAAAAAAAAAAAAAAAAAAAAUUUCUCUUUUCUGUGAAGGCUUAAUUUUACUGGGGAGAAAUCAUGCCUUAGGGAAGCGAAAAAGCCUCUAGAGAGGAAUGCUACUUAGAACUCCUGAAUGCUGUUGAGAAAUAUUGGACCAGCAGGCUGAAAUGCUCCUCGUGUAGACCGGGACUCUCUGAUCAGUGGAGCAGAUUCAACUGGGCAUCUAUUCUCAUCAGAUAUGAAGAAAGUGUAUUUAUGUCCUAACUUGCAUUUUGACUCUGGUUAGACCAAUCCCCUUUGCUUUUUCAAGUCGCUGUUCCUGUGCCAUUACUAGAUGGGGGCUUAGAAGGAAACCACCAUUUUGAGGAUGGUCCUUUUCUAAUAUAAAGGAGGGAGCAUCAAAAUUCUGAGUCCCAAGGCCUCGAUCCUAGUGAUGAGACCCAAACUGUCUACUCUGACUGCCACUGCACAUGCUGCCCACCGCCUCCGUGAGCACACGAGAAAGAUGGAUGUUGUCGAGAAGCAGCAUGUGCACUGAAUCAAUUGCUGACUUACUGUGUGACCCUGAGCUAAUACCUAAACCUCUCUGGCCUCAGAAAAUCUCUCCUGCCUACUUCACAAAGUUCUUGUGGAGAUAAAUAAGAUAAUUAUUGUGAAAACAUUGUGUAAAUCAUAAAAUGCCAUUUUGUAUGUUUAUUAUUACUUUGGAUUACUUUAGAUGCUCCUGAGCUCUCAAGGACUAAGAAUCUCUUCAUCAAGAGGUAAACCAAUUUAGAGAAUGAGAUUUCUUUAUUGAAAACAAUACCAAGGGAACACCUUUUCUGGUUCCAUUCCUCCAAAUCCACCCCUCCUCAUUCAGUUACUCCAAGUUGCCCAACACACACCAACAUUGCAAAUUUAUACGUCACAGACACUCUCAUUUGAAGAGAUUUUGUGUUCUCAAGGUAAAGGAGUGGGUGCAGAGAGAUGGGGACUACAGGCUAAUUUUGGGGAAGAAUGAGCCUAACUUUUCAUGUAACUUCAGUCACAUGGCAUAAAUUCAAAUGCCUUUUCGCCAUGAAAACAUUUAUUUGGAGAAAAAAGACCUGAGUCAUUGAAAUUAUCCCCACCCUGUAAAUUUUAUAUAUGUAUAAAUUCUAUUAAAAGAAAACCCUCAAACAUGGGCCAGAUUAUGAAUGACCAGCUGACAAGAAUGUUACAUAGAGUCUAAUUAGAUACUGAACCAGAUAAUUUUGAGAUUUUUUUUUUCUAAUCUGAUAGUCUGUGUAAACAAUUGUUAAUUAUGGUUUAAUGUUGUUUAGCUACCACCUUGAUUUCAUUUUACAUUUUUAAUGAAGUAGAAUUACAAGUGGGGGACCACUCAUACCAUUUAUAAUGCUGAGUCCCCUUGUGUAAUUGACAUAUAAAGUACAUGUGUGCCCACUCUAUAGAACAUGGAACUUAAUUAUAUAAUUUCAAAGGAUUACAGAUUCUAAUGAUGGUUGUAUCUUUGGUUUUAUGAAAUUGUUAGGUAUGCCUAUGAUUUAUUUGAAGCUAAAGCUUUGAAACUGCUUGGAUCCCCGGUCCUAAUUUGCUUCUGUGGAAAGCACCCUUGGUUUUCUGAUCUACUUCUUGAUGCAGUUCCCAGGAAUGUGUUCUGAGAAAAACAGGAGCCUACAUAGACUUGUUUUUUUAAUUGAUAAAUUCUAUUUAUUGAUAAACAUUGGUAAAUUACACAUAUGUUUAUCUUUGUGCAUUCUGUACAUGUUUAUAUAAAUUAUAUAUUGAGAGAAAUCUUGUCUUAAAACUAAUAACUGA